CGGCGGCGCAAAACAUUCAGUCGGCAAAAAGUAGCCAAGGGGUGAGCAUCACCCUGAGCUACCAAAACGCAUCCGUCGUCGAGUGUGCCCGAGAGAAAACCGCUGGAUUUUGCCUUCUCUUACACAUGUACACGCGAUACAUACAUAGAAAAAUAACCAGUUUUAGGCAACAGACAAUGUUCCCUCCAACCUACUCUGUCUGGAUCUCUUGAUCGAUGUGAGGGCAAGAAGAAGACGUCACGUCGCAGGAUCGCGUAAGAGAAUAGGCAGAGACAGACAUACAGACCAACAGACAGAGACAGAAAAAUAAAAAAAAAAAGAAAGUUAGAAAAACAUGUAAAGACGUAACUUACAUAGAGAACUGAAGCCGUCCGUGCAUGCACAUGUUAAAUUCCUCAUGAUAAUACCUGUUCGAUAAAUCGCAGUUGUUUUAAGAUAUCGUGAUCGUGUGAGAAGAGACUUUGAUUCGAUGAUAAAAGACAGGACUUAAGUGAGAUUGUUGACAAAGGUGAAGAAAAAGACGUAAGGCGAGAAAGUGUCAUGUGGUAAACAACAAGUUUAUAGUGGUAUACCGUGCUAUGAGACAGAGGAUCGCGCUGGACCACCGCGCCCGACAAGGUCGCAGCUGAGACUUGAGCACGAUCGAGAUUAACUCAAGGUCGCCACGAUUUUCUCUAUUACGACGUUCGGUAUAUUCGUCGAUAAGACGAUAGCCAAGACGAGGACCAUAAAAAGGAAGACCACGAAGAGGGAUACGCGAUCGUUAACAUCACGGCUAAAAGGAGAACGUGGUGUGAGGGAGACACACGUCAAAGAGGAAGAUCGGGAUGGAGGUACGUGCGAUGGAGUAUCGUCCCGUGAUGCCAACGGGGGUGAUACCCACCGGACUGCAGGACUACCACACGACCAUACCGGACCUCAGCCCGCCGAGGAGCCAAGGCUCCUCCACCGGUGGCGCUUCCUCGAUCGGCGACUACGCGCCCCGCAUGUACACGCCACCCACACCGCCUACUCCGCACGACGACGACAAGUGGGCUUCUACUACGUCGACAGAACAACCUAUCUUCGGUAGCAAGGCGGACCUGCAACUCCACACGCAGAUCCACAUGCGCGAGGCGAAGCCGUACAAAUGUACCCAGUGCUCGAAGGCGUUCGCGAACUCCUCGUACCUGUCCCAGCACACCAGGAUCCACCUGGGCAUCAAGCCGUACCGCUGCGAGAUUUGCCAGCGGAAGUUCACCCAACUGAGCCACCUACAGCAGCACAUCCGCACGCACACCGGUGACAAACCGUACAAGUGCCGGCAUCCAGGCUGCACGAAGGCGUUCAGCCAGCUGAGCAACCUACAGAGCCACUCCCGCUGCCACCAGACCGACAAACCGUACAAGUGUAACUCCUGCUACAAGUGCUUCUCCGAUGAGCCCAGCCUGCUCGAGCACAUACCGAAGCACAAGGAGUCGAAGCACCUUAAAACGCACAUCUGCCAGUACUGCGGCAAGAGUUACACCCAGGAGACCUAUCUGGCGAAGCACAUGCAGAAACAUGCGGAGAGGACGGACAAGAGACCACCGAUAAUCGGUACGGGGCUCAGGCCGUCGAUCCACGCAAUGGCGGCUCAUCAUCAAGACCACUAUUGGCCAAAAGUCAGCCCAGAUUCGGUGAUCAGCGAUCUACACGACCGGCUGCCUCAUCACCACACCGACUACCAUCAAAAUCAGAACCCGGAGAUGCUAUUACCUGGCCACGGACACCGUGGCGAGUCCAUCGAGAACGAUUCGAGGCAACAGACCCCUCAACCAGGCGCCAAUCAUCACCCAAACAGUAGCUCGGCAUUUACGCCGAUCUCGUCGAUCUCGAUAAAUUCCAUCUCCUCCAUGCAACAUCCGCUGAAUCCACUGAACCAUUUGCACUACCCUGGCAGCCAUCAUCCAGCCUCCAGGCCGUACCUCUACGAGGCCUUCAACACAACGCAGAAAUCCUCGCCGGCGUCAUCCUCGUCUGGGGUCACGUCGGGCACGACCAGCAACCAGAACGCGACCUCCUUCCCGAACCAGUUGAUCAGCCUCCAUCAAAUUAGGAACUACGCGCACCAACCCAACCUUGGAAAUCUCGGGAACUUGGGAAACCUAGGAAACCUGAGCAAUCUCAGCAACCUAAGCGCGACAAUGGAGAGCCACGCUCUCCUCGGUGGACUCAAGGAGAAACAGUAACUCCGGCUGGUCGCGGAGAUUAGGAACAAAAACUAUUUGCUACUUCUCCUCGAUUUCUUUUCUUCUUCUUCGUCUAUACCUGUACCUCAUCCUUAUGUCCUAUUUUUCCCGCGAUCUUUACAGGGUCCAGGAUGUUUGUAUGAUAUUUUACAUUGCGUUAUGAGUUUGUUCGGAAGGGAAACGCCUAUCGAACAUUCGCUGCUCCUACGUUUCGCCCUUAUACUUCUUUUAGCAUUUAAUUUCUAUGGGACAUUCUGAAAACUGUUUGCGGUGUGUGCAUGCAGCCUGAUCAAGAGUGAUUUUGUGUAGGGUUCCUGUCUUUAUUUAGGAUGGUGCUGGGUGUAGUUAUUCGCUGUGCGAUAAUAGUCAGUUUGUAAAACAACAAUUGUAUAUUUUUAUACAUUUUGGUUUAACAGGAAUCGCUUACACGUAUAAGCAUAAAUAUACAUGAAUAUAUAUCUCGAAGAUGAGAAACCUAUUUAAAAAAGAAAUACUGCGUUUUGUUUACUCUUUAAACGAUCUCUUUCGUUAGUUAAUGAGAACUAUGGAAAACAGACCCAUUUACGUAAAUCUGAAUAAUUGAAAAUAACGAAUAAUGUAUAGAAUUUUCUAUAUUUGGAAGAUCAGAUAACUUAAAGGAAAAAAUUCUUCAUUUUCUUGUACAAUCUUAAACGAAUUUAUUUCAUCAAAUAACAACCUGGAACUGUUAAUGAAAACGAUCGCAAACGUAUCUAAACAGCGAAAGAUCGACGACUCGAUCAAAAGAGAAAUACCCUACCGUUAUUUCCAUCGAGGAACAUUAAUCUUGUCGAAAAACAUUUCACGAGUCGAGUGCAAAUCGAUUUGGCGACUUUUAAUCGUUUCAAUGCUACCGGCCAUUCAUGCAUGAAGCACAAAUAUUAGAAAGUACCCUGUUCGAUGUGGUAUCGAUCGGGUAACUUCCUAUCGAUUCGCCGAGAAUCGGCAAAAUCGAUUUGCGAUCGAAGUCCUCCCAAUAUAACCAAGCGUUUAACCACGACGCUGAUUAACUUUCACGUUCGUAGUUAGCUAGAAAAUAACUUGGAACGAUAAUCGACGAGCAUGUUUCUCGAUGUUCCCUCCGAUUACCCAUGGCGAAUAGCCAUCCGACUAUCCUGAACUCUCCACUCGAAUUUACCACAUUUCCUAGCAAAACUACUUUCGAGAGACGUCCUUCUUCAGUUCCAAGCGAAUACUUUCAUCCUCCCUCUGCAAUCCACCCCGGAGAUCUCCUUAGGUUAACGUUCUACUUCAAGUUUAACAGUCCUCCUAAGUCUUCUUUUCUUUCUAUUGAUACUUAAUCAUCCGUUGGUCCCAUCGAUUUAUAGUGUUACUGAUGUUGGAGAGAGGUUUUAAACUGACCGAAUUUUGUAGUUUGAAUAAGGUUUUGUUAUUAUGAAAGUUGUACAGUGGAGUUGUUUAGCGAAAUUUAGAAAUCUUGGGCUUGUUUAACUCGGAUUUUCGUAAUUUCGUUGGAUCAGUGAUUUGUGGUAGAUUUUUUGGUAUUUAAUUUGCAAACAAUGUUGUGGUUUUGUUACACGUAUUUUAUAUACGUAGCAUGAAUAUUAAAUAUUCUUCGAUGUGACUGCUUCCUUUUUUUUAUUUCGCAUAUAAAUUCGCUAUAGAAUGCAUUAAUGUAUGAUCGCGUAGCACUGUACGACGAGACUAUCGUACAGAUGUACAAAGAAUCACCUCGAAGAUUAUCUUAUCGUUCCAGAGGACGAAUUCAAAACGAUAAUUUCCCAGGAAUUUAGAAAAUAGUUCUAAAAAUUGCAGCAAUCACGAAACCAAUCGCUUUUUGAAACUCGUCCUGUACAUUCGACGAAGAAAUCUUGUGAAGUAGCAGAAACGUAGUUUAAAAGCAAUUAUUUCGUAGAUCAACACGUGCAAUCCGUUUCAUUCAAUUUUCAUUAUAUUUUCUAUUGCAAAGAUCUCUUAAUUGGUAUCAUUGAGGUUCAUGGCAAUUUCGAAUUGGAUUAUCUAAUAUUGAGAAUGUAACGUAGAACGUAGAAUGCAAAAUGAAAUUAAAAAUCCUAAAUUUUAGUAAUCCAACGUGAAUCAUAGUCAUUUAUGAUGCAACGAUAGUAUUCGAAGAUUAAUUUUUAACAGACAGUUUUGGUUCAUAGAUAGCUAUGAUAGUUAACUAUCUAUAACAUAAAACAAUACAAAAACUACGAAUUGAAAUUAAAAAAAAAUACUUUGAAAUUAAAUAUUUAAUUAAAUGUUUAAUCGAAACUUACCUACGAUCUAAUAAUACCAAUUGGGGUUGAUACUCAAAAAUCGCUUGAAAGUCUCGUCCACGAUUAGAGGAAGAGAUGAAAAUGAGUAUAACCGGCGAGAAUCGAUGGGACCGCGGUUAGUUCCGUUCUUUUCGUGUUCCUGCCUCCCAGGAGCAUCGUACGUAAGAGGGAAUAGCAAAGCCAGGAGAAAUCGUGUCGUGGAGUAGAGCUAUUUUCCAAGGGGUGGCUCGCCCCCUGGAACCGGUGCGGGGGGAUGGGCACACCUUUCUAGGUCGAGUGGACGUUUCGUUCGCAACGGGAUAAUUAACGAAGCGAAUGUGUGUGUUUGUGUGUGUCUGAGCAUGCCAGAGACUCUUCUGUGUAUGUGUGUGCAUGUGUCUGUGUAUGUAGUUAGGCGAGUGGGUGAUAGAGGAGAAGAAAAAGAGAUAGGUGAAUGGAUAGUGAAGGAAAAGGAAAAGAGUUGGACGAGUAGGUGGCAGAAGAGAAGGAAAAGAGAUAGGCAAGUGGGUGAUGAAGGAAGAGGAAAAGAGUUGGGCAAGUGGAUGGUGAAGAAAAAGGAAAAGAGUUGGGCGAGUGGAUUUUAAAGGAGAAGGAAAAGAGAUAAGUGAAUGGAUAGUGGAGGAAAAGGAAAAUAGUUGGGCAAGUGGGUGGUAGAGGAGAAGGAAAAGACAAAAAAAAGUGGGAGUCGAAGCAUCACACGCACCAUUUAAAUAGGAGUUACACGCGUACACAUACAUUACAUGAGGGCACAAAUCGUGUGAAUAGCUUUUUUUCAGCGAGAAAACGGAGAGCACGGGAGUGAGUGAGGGUGCAAGAGAGAUUUAGGGUAGGUCGACGACAGUGCCACGAAAUUAUAAAUGCGAAAGUAACGGAGAUAAUAGGGAAUUAAAAAGGGGACGAGGAGCAGAGAGGAAGGGGAGAGAGAGAGGGAGAGAGAAAGAGUAGGCGAGCAUGUAAGAAGGGGUAAGAUAGGGUUGGAACGCGAGCAACUAUACAGGCGCACAGAGAAAAAGAGAACGGUACGGAGAACCUCCAUGUACAUAGUUAUUAUAUAUAUAAAUAUAUAAAUAUAUAAAUAUAAAUAAAUGAAUAAAUAAAUAUUAUAUAUUAUUAUUAUUAAUUAAUUAAUUGAUCGAUAUUCGGUAGGUGCGUAAGGGAAAAAAAGAGAGCAAGAGGAUAUAGACUCUACUGAAGAUAUUCUAAGUACCUUGUCUAACACGAAUAUAAUUAAAGAAGUGAAAACCGUAUGAGUGAAAUAAAGAGAAUGAAUGGGAGAAUGUUCGAAGUUAAAAGAAAAAGCAAGCAAUCGUUGCCCAAAGUUAUUUACGAUAAUUUUUCUUUCUCUUAAGAGCGCGUUUCCGUUCUACGAAACCGCGGUACGAUCAACCUUGGCGAUCGGUUCUUUCUCUACUUAUCACGCCGUUAUUUCUUUUCCUUUCAUUUCGAUAGUCUAUAAAAUGAAGAUCAUCGAUCGUCGUGGCUUAUCGAGCCCGGUUAUUUAGAAAAAUUCGAGACGUACGAAAAUUCGACGUAUGCCGAAUGAAAAGAGAGAAGAACACACGUGUACUGUAGAUAAUUUCUUGUUACGGCGCCGCCGAUGUCUCGUUUCGUGGCUCUCUUCUUAAUCGGUUUUGAUCGAUCCGCGAGGUGCAGGGCUAUAAAAAGAUUUCUCUUUUAUUUUUAUCAUUUUCUAACUGAACUCUAACUCUUUUUACUUUUUUGUCGUUUUCACGUCCAUUACUUCCUUUUCUACGAAUGAACGAUAUUCUAUUCUAAGGUCCAUCUUCCUUAUGGACAGAAAAAAAAAAUAAAUAAAAAAGAAGUGAGACACACGAGACGCGACACGUCGGCGCUUCACCUGUGCUCAAGUUGUUUAAAACUAUUAGUUUGUUAACUAAGAAGUGAGAGAGGUUGGAAGAAAGAGAGGGAGAAAGAGAGAGUGAGUUUGAACGAGAGAGAGAGUGAAUUUGAAAGAGAGAGAGAGGAGGAGAGAGAGGAUGAACGAAAGACUGGAAUGAAUGAGAAAGAGUAAACGAGAAAGUGUUAAUUAAUAAUUCCGCGUGGAAAGCGGAGCCCGAUCGCGGUCUCUCGUUUCGUUCGACGUUUGUUCUUUCUUGUUUAUUUCAAGAUCGACUUAUGAUCGUCGACAAGGAAUAAACGAUUCAAACAUAGUAGAUCGUUAAAUGAAUGUGAAGCAAAGAGAACAGGAGAACGUCGAAGAAAGCGCGCGAGAAAAAUCGUAGAACAAAAGGGGCGGUUGUAUUCGGGCAAGAAAUACUGAAAGGAAAAAAAAACACGAGAGCGAUCGUCUUUUUUUUUCUUUUUUGUUCGUUGAUAACGAAAUUGAACACGAGGGUAAGGGUGGGGACGGGGCGAGAGUGGAGGAAUUUGUUUUUUUUUUAAUUCGGGGGUUGUGGGUGGUUAUAACGAGCGUCGUCGUCUUCGUCAGGUCCCCCCGCGCUUUAAUUGUGAUCUUUUUUUUGUGUCUACCCUUUAGUUUCCAUUUGAUGAUUAUUUUAUUAUUAUUUUAUUAAUAUUAUUAUUAUUAAUAUUAUUAUUAUUAUAAUUAUGAUUUCGUUUAAUAAACUGUCACAUUAAAAGACAAACGUCUGACUUGGCGGAGGAAGUGACAGACUGCUAGUGUUCUUCUGUCACGUCAUCAUCUUCCUCCCCUGAGACUACCACCAGCCCCCAUCAAUUCGAAGAACCCUCUCCUUUCUCUUCUUCAUGAACAUAAAUCGCGUGAAGGAACUCCUUAUCCCUAAGUACGUUUCUUUUCUCAUAUUUCUCUUAGGAAACAGAGGUUCUUCCGUUUUAUUCUAUUAUAUUUUUAACAACGCGAAUUUGAUUUACAGAUUGAAGUCACAGAGUUGAUUCUAGAUAAUUUCUCGUCAUAGAAGAACCUAAUCUCAAAAAAUCUUUUCCCUCCUUUGUCUUCCACGAUAGAUUUUUCCACUUGUUCUUCUCUUUUUAGUUGUCUUCUCAUCGUUGUACUUACUACUAGUUUGCCUUCUAUUCUGUUCUUCCGUUAUCUUUUUCUUUCCUUUUCCUUUUUUCUUUUUUUUUCUUUCUUUUUCUUUUUCUUUCUUUUUUUUUUUUGACGAUAAAAUCUGCAGUGAGAUGCCGUCCAUUAUGCUUUCGGAAACUAACGAAGAUUACCAAGGGACGCGGAGGAUCGAUCGUUCGCGAGCGCAAGUUCCUCAAGCUCGUUGAUUUCGAGUCGACGAAAAAUGGAAUUCCUUUCUCGCGUCUUGUGGGUUUUUACGCGAAUCACGCGUCGAUCUUUGCGGAUAACGAUAAAAAUCGGCCACGAAAAAAGGCAAUUUCACAAUACAUCGGAGAAUUCAUUUUUCAUAAACUUAGGGUAUCGCGAUUAACGUUGAAAUUAAUAUUUCUCGAAGUACUAGGACUGUUAAUAGAUGCUUCACGAGUAAGACGAAUAAGCUAUAAGCGUUCGCUCGUUUGUUUUCGUUCGUAGUUGUAGAAGCGAAAAUUGUUAAAUUCUUUGUCGUUGUACCAUUUGAAAAAUACGAUACUGUUGAAAGGUUAAAUUUUAAUAGAAUGUAGAUAAAGAGUCUUUAGAAUCGUAGAAUAUUUUUCUUCUAAGGAAUGAUUAAGAAUUUACAUUGAAUGUAUCAAUCGCUUGCGGAACCAUCGAUCCUUUCGAUCCUCACGUACAAUCAGUUCCUUUCAAUAAAAUUUGUUCAUUUUCUGGCAAUGAAUAACUGACGCAAAAAAAAUGAUAAAUUGUCGAGUCAUGUACAAUACGUGAAUUGGUCUGCCAAAAGAAUAGAUGGAGAACAAAAAUGAUUGGAAUGCUUGCGGUCUUUCGAAGAAUAAACAAAUUACCGCUCAUUCAAUAAAAAAAUUUUAUUUGACAAUAAAAAAUUACAAACUUUGCUGAUUUUCUUUUUUCCUGUAGCAUUAUGAAGAUUAAAUUAACGGAUAGACUUUUUCAGAAGGCCACAGGCAUGUUCUUAAUCGAAAUCUCUUUAUGGUUCCACACCGGGUCCCUUUAACCCUGAAACGUAAAUUCAUUCAGUCUUCGCUGUUUUCGCUGUUUUAAUACUAUGUACAUACACAUUUAAAAUUUCAAAUUUUCUUAAUAGAAUAAAACGUGAUAGUUUCAUCGAAUAUUUCAGAACAUUCUUUUGUAAAAAGCUAUUGUUGAGAAUCUUGGGUGUAAGAAGGUUAGGCGAAAGUACACAAUGGUUGAAGAAAGUGUUUGAAUAUUUACCGUAGAAAACUUCUAUGCAUAGAAUUACGCAUGUUACGUAUGUUAUGUAUAUAAUAAGACUAUUUAAGUUUCAUAAUUGAUUAAUUUUAUUCUCUGUUACGAUACGUUUUCACUAUUUGGAAGCAAAAGAGAUUUCUUUACAACAAUAAAUACAACCACUAUUUUGAUUAUUUAAAUUUUAUUUUACGCUCUCUGCGAAACAUAUAUUUGCACAUAUUAUACACGUACGGUUUCCAUGUAUAUUUUCAAAUUUGUUUCACACUUUAUCACCAGUAUAGUUAUAAUAGUCGUAUCUUAUUACGGUACUAAUGAAAUUCUAAAAUGUUCCCUAGACAUAAACACAUGAGACACAUAUAACACAAUAUUCAUAAAACAUUUCUACAAGUGUUUGAACACUUUCUCGGGCCACUGUAUUGAUCUUCUCGAUUGUGAUAAUGAUUUUCUUGACUGAGAGAUGAGAAUUGGAAAGACUGGUUACACUUUGUUUUACCUUUAAUUGAAUCGUUAGCGACGUAGUGGAUCGAGAAAAUUGCGAAACGUUUCUUGAUCGAUUGGCGGGGGGUGGAAAAUGGAGUAGACAAUAGUUGCGAGGCGACAAUAGGAGACUCUACUUCUCUUUAUUAUCUGCGGAUUAUCCGAUCGAUUCCUUUUGAUUACCACGUUAUGUAGCGAUUACCGAACGAACAAUAAAUGUAAUAACUUUAUCCGUAAUCCAUUGCCCACGGAUCUGCUCGAUAUUUAUCGAAUUCUUCAGGGUUAAAGCGACUGAGUAUCUUCUUAAAAGCGUUUCUACGAAACCAUACUCGUUGUAUAAUCGUCAAUUUCGCGAAGAGAGAAAGGGUUACAAGCGUAACGAACACGUGCGUGUCUGCGUGUACGACUGGGUAAUAAAAUAAACGACCGUAUAAAUGAAGAUGUAUGAUAGAAACGAAAGUGCAAAAGAGCGAAAGAAUGUCGAAAAGAUGGAGAGACUCACAUAGGCAACGUAAGGAAAACAAUAUAUUGAUUAUAUUGCGUGGUACGAACAGAACUGUGAUAUUUUAUUGUAUAAAUUUACGGAGGACAAAGAAAAAAAAAAGAUGAAGAAGAUGAAGAAAAAAAAAUAUGAAGAACAAAUCUCUAAACGGAUAUACUUAUACGGUAGUAGAAACGCGCGCGGGAUAUUACUGUAUUUUACAAAGAAGUGCAUCCUUAAGCCAUUUAAAAGAAAAGAAAAGAACAAAAAAAAAAGAGGGAAAAAGAGAAAAGGGGGAAAAAAAGAGAAAAGGGAGAAGAAAACGGACGCGAUCAUACGCAAUAGCGUGCGCGCGUCUAGGCCGGGUAUCCCUUUUCGAAGAUUGAGUUUCACGUCAGCUUCCGCUUUAUGUACGAACCGCCUCGCGGAAGCUCUCGCGGGGGCAAAUAACCAAAGGAGCUUCUGUAAUAAUUAAAGAAGAAAAGCUUCUCAAAGAGUUGAAUCGAAGAAUUAAAACGACGCCCUCUGUCCGGUCCAUUCUCAGCUUUAAAAGGAAUACCCGGCGAUUUUCGGGCCAAUCGUGAAGCCCUAGCGUCUAAUCGUUUCCUGUUUGUAAAGUAUAUAUAUAGAUAUAUAAUAUAGAUAUAUUAUAUAUGAAUUAAAUGUUUGAUAAGAGAGAAAGAGAGCGUGAGAAGGAAGUGAAAGAAGCGAAAGUGCGAUACGAUGAACCGAUCAAGAUCCGAUUUGCAACGUUAUUCGUGAACGAUUUUAAAACAGACAUACUCAGAUGCAUACACGUGGUCUCGUGCAUACAGACAUCUACAUACACACACACACACGCGCACACACACACUCUGUUUAAUAGUUUAUAUAGAGUAAGUAAAAUACGCUGAAUUACAUCUGUAAAGUUUCGAACGGAAGAUCACAUUUUUUCGCGUUUACUCUAAUCGUCCCUCGCCCGAGCCCCAAGAAUAAAAAUGGAGAAAGAAUGUCGAAGAAUACCGUAUUUCCUAAUCCCCUGCCGAUCGAGAAAACCUGACAGACAGAGAGAGGGGGAAAGUGAAUGGAAUGAUUCGAUGGCAUAGAGAAAUUGACUGAUUCGGUUUUAAUGUUGCUGUAAAAUCUCGUAAAUUUGCAAGGGGCGGUAUUUUUUACUUUCGUUUGAAUCACGAACAGCAUCGGUGUGAAAUAUUUCCAGUAAUUUUAAGAAAUUAUAUAGACAGUUUUUAAUGAAUUUUCUUUUUUGUUUUUGUAUUUCUAAUAUAGAUGCAAAUUAAAGAUAGAAAUGUACAACGAACAGAAUGCAAGAAAGAUUUUAUGGAAAAGCGGGUAAGGAUAAUGCAAAUUUUGAAAUUUGAAAAGUAAAGUUUACGAUGUUUUACAGCAAUAUUAUUUAAGAGUACGAAGAAUGAAACAAAAUCAGGUGUUGCUACAAAUUACGUAGAAGAGAAGAGGAGGUGACAGCGUAAACUGCGACCGGUGAAUUCUCAGACAAAGAUCACGGGAAUUCGAUGCCCGUUUGGACAUGCUUAAACAGCGAGGAAUACUUCGACGAUGCUUGGAGAGAAGAAAUUUUACAAUUUUUCCUUGACAUGAGAAACAUUCGCUGGCCGCUGAGUGGCGGAAUAUUUUAAUAAAUGAAGGGGAAAUCCACCUGAAUUUCGCUCCAAUCCGUCUAACGCGAAUCUCCACGGUGUAUGUAAUAAUUUUUCCUUAAUAAAACACAUUGGUUAAAAGCCAGAAGUACUCCAUAAUCUUAAGAAAAUGAAAAACCAUUAAUAAACAGAGAAACCGUCACAGAAAAAUUCUAUACAAUUCACGAUCCUUAAAUCUGAAUCCUUUCAUAAUCCAAAGUAAGUACCUCCAGUGCACGUUGUUCUUAAUCA